GGGCAGCGACCGUGUUAAGUUACACCGCGAAUCAACUCCCCGACCUCGGCCCGGCGCGGAAAAUCCCACCCGGUCUUCCCCAUGGAGUUCAAGCUGGAGGCGCACCGCAUUGUCAGCAUCUCACUGGGCAAGAUCUACAGCGCGCGGGGCCAGCGCGGCGGCCUCAAGCUGCACAAGAAUCUCCUGGUGUCGCUGGUGCUGCGCAGCGCCCGGCAGGUCUACCUGAGCGAGCCAGGCUGCCCGCCCGAGCCGCCCCCCGCCGCCGCCGGGCCCCCGGAGGAGGAGCCGGCGCCCCCCACCGCUGCCUGGGCGGCCGAGCCGCCGCCGCCCCCGCAGGACGAGGCGGGCAGGGACUGCCAGGGCCCUCGGCCGCGGCGCUGUUGCUGCGGCGAGGAGAAUCGCGGGGGCUGCGCCGGGGCGCCCCCGCCACCGCACUGCCCCCGUAAGCGGAGCGCCGGCGAGCGCGGCCAGGCGGGAUCCCCGGUGAAGAAGCCCCGCCGCGAGGAAGAGGAGCCACCACCACCGGCGCCCUCACCGCCAGGCGAGCAAGAGGACAUGGAGACCGGUAACGUGGCCAGCCUCAUCAGUAUCUUCGGCUCCAGCUUCUCGGGACUGCUCAGCAAGGAGCCCAAGGGCCGGCAGCGGCCAUCCCUGGACGGCGGCGAGGCGGCGGCGGGCACGGCGCCCGCCGAGGCGGCGGCAGAGACGGGACAGAUCUGCUGCGAUGAGCCGGUGCUGCGGACCCUCAACCCCUGGAGCACGGCCAUCGUGGCCUUCUGAUGUUCCGGCCGCAGACACUUGGCCCUCCGCCGCGGGACGGGGGGCCCGGAGGUGACACCCACCCAGCGCGGCGGGGCUCCGGCGCCCUGCCCCGCCGCACGGGAAGGACCAUGGGGCAGCGGCGGCAGCACUUCCCUGUUCCCCGCCCGGGUCCCGGCUGCCGGCACCCGCCCUGGGAGCGCCCCCGGCCCUGCCCUCCCGGAAUUCCCCUUCCUGGCCGGGCCGCCGCCCUCCGCGGCGCCCGGGGGAGGCUCCUCGGCUGCCGCCGCCCCCGGGGGGAGGCGCCCCCGCCGAGUGGUAUUUUAAGCUUGGAAAGUAUUAAGUUUAUUAAAUAAAAGUAUCUAUUUUGGAAAGGUUUUAGGUCAGAACUAUUACAUGGUGCUUUUAAAAAGUGUUUUAUUGAAAGAAACGAAGUUUACAGACGCUCUGACGGAAAGUCCUUGAGCCUGUUUGUUAGGCUUGGUAAUUCCCGGUCUUUGUUGUAUAAAGGCUUGGGACUCCCGUAGGGAUUUUUGUACAGUGUUCUCCUUCAGUGAUGUAUCAUGUUUUGUAUAAAAUGUAAUUCUACGUGUACAACACGUAUUAAAUAUUUUCAGCUGUA